AUGAACAUCGUCGACAUUGGAAUAGCUCAUGGGUUCAUCCAGUUUGGACUAGACAUCUGGAUGCUUGCGCUGCCCCUGAUGCAGAUACAAAGUCUGAAUCUGAAAUGGGAAAAGAAGUCCAGUCUGAUGGCCAUGUUCAGCCUAGGUCUCUUUCUCACGGCGGCCAGCUCACUUAGACUGAGACUCCUCGCCGACGCCCAUCGAGGAACAUACAACUUUACAGGUGUCGGAGUUUUCGCGGCAUGCGCGCCUAGCAUCCGACAGUUCUUCCAAGUCUUCGUUCUCAGACGGCGUGUUGGACAGGCCAGCUUGCCCUUGGAACCUAGUCCCGGUAGGGUAUCUGGAGGCGCCGUCGAGGAGAUUCACAAGGCAACAUUGCAGAUGCGUGUCGAUGAGAUCAUUGCCCGAAUGAUGUACAGAUAG